UUGCUGAUGACGACGGCUGGCGACUUUCUUUUCACUGCUUGCUGCGUUCUUAUGAAGGCCACGCCCCCAUUGGCGUGCUGUAGUAACGUGGUACUUGUCUUCCCUCUAUGGCUACCGGAAAAAGAACGGCUUUCCCGGAGGCCGAAACUCCAAUUCUGCAACACCAUUUCGUUGACGGCUCCGUGAAUUACAAGGGCCAUCCUGCCACCCGAUCCAGAUCCGGUCGGUGGAGAUCAGCUUCUUUCAUCAUAGUUGUGGAGAUGGCAGAGAGAUUUGCGUACUAUGGGAUAGGUUUGAACCUCAUGAGCUAUCUGACUGGCCCGCUGGGCCAGUCCACGGCUACAGCCGCCGAGAAUGUGAAUGCCUGGACUGGAACGGCGUCGCUUUUGCCUCUCUUGGGUGCUUUUUUGGCCGACUCUUUUCUGGGUAGAUACUGGACCAUUGUUAUCGCCUCCCUAUUAUAUGUCAUGGGACUGGGCUUCUUAACCCUAUCAGCUGCUCUUCAUUCAAAGUCUUUCAACUGUCAAAGUGCUACAGAUAACGGCACAUGCUCUCCUUCUCAAUUUGAAGUUAUCUUCUUUUUCUUUUCUCUUUACCUGGUGGGACUAGCUCAAGGUGGGCACAAGCCUUGUGUGCAAGCUUUUGGAGCUGACCAAUUUGAUACUCAAGAUCCACAGGAGAAUAAAGCCAAAAGCUCAUUUUUCAACUGGUGGUAUUUCGGAAUGAACUUUGCCAUUAUCGUGGCACUCUUGAUUUUAACCUAUAUACAAGACUACCUUAGUUGGGGCCUUGGGUUUGGAAUCCCUUGUAUCAUCAUGGGUGUUGCACUUGCUACUUUUUUAUUUGGUACUGUCACUUAUCGCUUUCGACAAAAUGUUGAUAAUAAAAACCCAUUUGUGAGAAUUGGACUUGUGUUUGUUUAUGCUGCUACAAAUCGCAAAGCUAGCACAACUAAUAUAUUAAUGGAGCUCGAGGUUCUAGGCGUUCUACGAAACAAAGGAUCUCAACAAUUCAUGUUCCUUAACAAAGCACUGAUUGCUCCUGAUGGCUCAAAGGGAUAUGGGAAAGCUUCUAGUAUGGAUGAGGUCGAAGAGGCAAAAUCAAUUCUCAGAUUGGCUCCAAUAUGGGUGACAUGUUUGGGAUAUGCUCUUGUGUUUUCACAGACGUCCACCGUAUUCACCAAACAAGGAGCAACCAUGAAUAGAUUUAUUGGUUCCAAUCUUGAAGUACCAGCCGCUGCAUAUCAAUGUUUCAUUUGCAUUUCAGUAGUUGUAUUUAUGCCAAUAUAUGAUCGUGUUCUGGUCCCUUUCACAAGAACUAUAACCGGGAGACCCUCGGGUAUAACUAUGCUUCAAAGAAUAGGAACAGGGAUGGUCUUUUCUAUAUCGUCCAUGGUAGUUGCAGCUAUAGUUGAGAAGAAACGCCUUCAGACUGCUUUGGACUAUGGGUUGAUUGACUCACCAGGGGCAACACUUCCCAUUAGCGUGUGUUGGUUAAUUCCUCAGUAUACAUUGGUUGGUAUUUCUGAAGCAUUCAGCAUGGUUGGUCUGCAGGAGUUUUUCUAUGAUCAAAUGCCAUGUGAGUUGAAAAGCAUUGGCCUUUCUUUGUACCUCAGCAUCUUUGGUGUGGGAAGUUUCCUAAGCAGCUUUCUGAUUUCUAUUAUUGACCAAUCCAGUAGCAGAGGUGGGGGGGACAGCUGGUUUUCCGACAACCUGAAUCGUGCACAUCUUGACUACUUCUAUUGGCUUCUUGCUGGACUUAGUACGAUGACCUUUGCCGGAUACUUGUACUUUUCAAGAUUGUAUAUCUACAAAAAAGCAAGUUUUAUAUAAAGGGUUUGAACAUGGAAUUGAACAUGUCCUGUACACACAUAUAUGUAUAUACAUAGUAUAUUAUUGUAGUGCGUAGUAAGAAUCGAUUCAAUGACUUGAUUUUGUAAUGCCCGCGUGUGCAAGUUUGUGGUAAUGUUUACAAGAUAAAAUAUCCGUACCCUGAUCAAGAAGAAUAUUUCUGAUUCAGUCAGUUUUUAGGUUUCCAGAUCUCCCAAAUCUACCUAUACAAAAAAGUCCAUGAUAAAAA